GCCAGGAAGAGGCCACGGUGCGAUGAACAAGGAAUCGUGUGACAAAGUUAGUGUUCCCAAAACUGUAUUGAAGAAGCAGAAAUGCGACUUUUGUGAAUAUUCGACCGAUAAUAAAGGUCAUUUGAAUCAGCACUUGUUGAAACACACUGGUGAGAAGCCACACGGAUGCACCCUUUGCCCGAAACGUUUCAAAGAAAAACGAAGUCUCCUUGGUCACAUGAAAAUACACGUCAAGGAGUUUCUGUUCCAUUGCUCAGGCUGCUUGCAAGGAUUCGAUGGAAAGGAGGAGAAGACAGAACACGAAACUAAUUGCAAAGUUGUCCGCUAUGAAUGUUAUUUGUGCAAGGAUUCGUUUGGUUCACUUAAGACAAAUAUGGUGAAUCACAUGCGCGUACACAGUGGAGACAAACCGUUCGAAUGUGAAGAAUGUUCGAAGAAGUUCGUACAGAAACACAAUUUAAACAAACACAUGAAGAUUCAUGCCGGUCCACGUCCAUUCCGCUGUUCAAAAUGUCACGAAAGAUUUUCAGAUCAAGACGAAAGAGAUUCACAUGAGGAAGAGUGUAAUCGUCGUGUUUACCAAUGCUAUGUUUGUCGCAAAUCAAUUGGUUUGAUCAAAUCUGAUUUGAUUCGUCAUAUGCGCACUCACUCUGGUGAAACCCCGUUCCAGUGCGUAGAAUGCUCAAAAUCAUUUUCUCGAAUUGAUUAUCGCAAGGCGCACAUGUGCACUCAUACAACGAAGCUUCCAUUCAAGUGUUUGAUUUGUCACCGCGGUUUUCUGAAGAACGACAAACGGAAGGCACACCAACGAACUUGCAAUAGACGCUACUACGAGUGUUAUUUGUGCAAGAAGUUCUUCCGUUCAACCAACGACCAAUUGAAAGGUCACAUGCACACACAUUCAGGCGAGAAACCAUUCCGCUGCGAUCUGUGUCGCACAACAUUUACACAGAAAUCGAAUUUGAACAGGCACAUGAAAAACAUUCAUCGCAAGCAAUACUGAAGGACGCGAUUUGGUUGUACGAAUAUUCCCAUGUGAGAAUCAGACAACUUUCAUUUUCAUCUAAUCAACUGCGUUGAAUGAACAAAAGAAAAUCAUAUCGGGAAAAUUCCAAUAUUCU